UGGGUUUCAUCUCCUUCGAACUCGUUGAUUUCUGGGUCUUCUGGUUCAAUCUGUUCCGUGCUCUUCUUCUUCGUCAUUUGUUUGUCUAAUUUUGGGUUUGGAAUAUUCGAAGUAAUGGCGAUUUCAUUGGGAAGCUGUUGCAAUCGGCGGUGUUUUGAGUAGAACGUGUUUGACUCUAUCUUUGGUGUCUCUGAGGGAGAGAGAGAGAGGAAGCAAGCAGAGCAAUAUUUUUCCUCUGUUUUCUUUUCUUUUCCUUUAUCUUUUUCUGGGUGUUCGUUGUCAAAUUUAAAAUCGAGGGAAGCGAAAAAAAAAAAAUUUUUUUGUCUAAUUCAAGAUCUUUUGAAGCCAAAAGCUUGAUGAUCGACGUUCCUUCUGCUGGAAUUUGAGGGGACAAACAUGACCAUGAGAUUCAAGAGAGGAAGUAAAGUGGAAGUAUGGAGCACGAAGGAGAUGCCCGUGGGUUCCUGGCAAUGUGCUGAAGUAACUUGUGGUGACGGCCAUACUUUUACAGUUCAAUACUGCAGCUAUGGGAGCGCAUCCGGUGAGGCUACAAUGGAGACGGUAUCUGGAAAGGCGAUCAGACCUUGCCCACCUGCACUGCAGAUGUCGCACAUGUGGGGUCCAGGUGAUAUCGUGGAGGUUUUUGAGAAUUUCUCCUGGAAAAUGGCGAUAGUGUUGAAGGUCCUUGGGCGAAGUAACUUUUUGGUGAGAUUGCUCGGAUCAUCUAGGGAGUUUGGUGUUGGCAAUGCUCACAUAAGGGCGAGGCAGUCAUGGAAAGAUGGCAGGUGGAUUGUGAUCGGACAGAUUUCAGCCAUUACUGAUGACCGGAGAGGCAAUCUAUGUCAAGACUUGACGCACGGUCAAAGUCCCAGCCACACUAUUCAAAUUGCAAAUGUAAGGAUGAAAGCAUCUAUUAGAGAUGGCUGCAUUCCUAUAAAAAAGAGACCAGUAUUUGAGGAGUCCCAUGAUACUUUGAAAACAGAAUCCCCAUAUGGCUGUUCUAGGGUUGAAUCACCUGCUGGAGCUUCAAAGAAACAUAGAGCAAUUGACAAAGAAGGAAGAUGUUACCCAGUCAGUGCAACUCGAUCUACACCAGCAGAAAAGUUUGAUUUGGCGGUAUUUCGGCAAGAAACUUGUGGCGAAUACACUGUAUGUGCCUACUCAAAGAAAGAAGGAGCUGUAUUAUCCAAAGUAGACAAAUGUGGAAUGAAACCAGAUGUUGAUCGUCCUUAUCCAUUACAAUCAAGAUCUGAUGAUGCUGACCGCGUGACAUGCUCAGUUGGAAGUUGUACUGUUGCUAGCAAAUCAUCCAGUGACUUUUCUGCAGACCCUUUUGACGAUGUUAAUAGUUAUGCCAAUGAGAUGGCAUCUCUUGGUUGGCAGAAUAAAGAACAGGUGUUGGAGGCCGAAAUCCACAGAUUAGAGUUACAUGCAUAUCGUUGCACAUUAGAGGCAUUGUAUGCAUCGGGACCUCUAAGUUGGGAGCAAGAAGCAUUGAUUUCUAAUCUUCGUCUUUCGCUCCAUAUAUCAGAUGGCGAACACUUGUUGGAGCUCAGAAACUUGGUCUUUUCAGAUACUAUCAUUCCGUUGGGUAGGCAGUAAUUCACUAUAUAGUAGCAAAUCUUUAACUUGUAGCAAGAGAAUUGUAUGGUGCGUUUUCCUAAGUUCUAUUGAGAUCUAGCGAUGUACAUCUGUCCUUUAUAAUUGUCAGAUACAUGGUCCCGAUGAUAUGUUUCUAGCAGACCUCAAUGUUAAAAGCCUUAGCUUGUAGUCCCGGAAGAAUUGUCAUCAGCAUGAUGAAAAGCUUCAACACAUGAGUUCUCAAUAGUCCCAGUUUUCUGCUUGA